ACCCGUACGUUCGCCACUGAAUGUCCCCUCCACCGAAAGCGCCGCCACUAGGCAUUCCACCGGGUGCCACGCUCCGACCGCACGGUAGAAGACGUUUGCCGUUCAUCGAGUUAGUCGAGCUCUGACACCAGUCACGAGCGGUCGCAACUUUGGCAGAGUUCAACUGAAGGAACGAGUAAAGAGUUCACACGUUCUUCAUCACGUUUCCUUCGCCGGUUCAUCGAAUUCAACAUUCGUAUCGCGAUUCCUUCAAUUACUCCGUCGUCCGCAAAGGUCGGCGGACGAAGGGUACAUCGAGAGCGCAGCAGAUUGUUGGAUUAUCAGUGAAGUGAUCGAAACUUCGUUUCGUGCUUCCCUAUCGAUCGGGAUUAUUCGACUUGGAAGUUCUCUGAAUUUUGUGAUACAGAAAAUAAAUAAUGGUGACCGGAGUGGGUGCCACGAUGCCGACGGGCGGUGUCACCGUCGGCGCUACUCCACCCGCGCAACACGUGCCUCAAGAGGCUGGUCAGCCUCCUGCGCAAACUACUCCGACGGCCACAACGACUACGAGAAGAUCUGGAGAAAAUCGACGGAGCAAUAAGCCCAUCAUGGAAAAAAGACGUCGAGCCCGUAUUAACAACAGUUUGAACGAUUUAAAAACUCUCGUUUUGGAAUCUAUGAAAAAAGACCCAGCAAGACAUUCGAAGCUGGAGAAGGCUGACAUUUUGGAGCUGACCGUGAAGCAUUUGGAGACCUUACAACGACAGCAAGUCGCUAUGGCUGCCGCAGCAGAUCCGACCGUCCUCAACAAAUUCCGUGCCGGUUACACGGAGUGCGCUGGCGAAGUUGGCAAAUUUCCCGGUCUGGAUGCUUCAGUGAGGAGACGUCUGAUGGCACAUUUGGCCUCGUGCCUGGGUCCAGUCGAUGCCAGCAACUCCAACGGCCAAACGACGGCACCGACUCAACAGGCUGUCCAACCGGCGCCGCCGACGACGCAAUUGCAAGUGCACAUUCUGCCUCAGCUUGACGCCACGCCGCGCAUUCAAGUCCAGCAAUCAAAUGGCAUUUUCUUUACUAACGCCAACGGUACCGCCCUGCAUCUAUUACCGACCAGACUACCGAAUGGUGACAUCGCUCUGGUGCUUCCGGCGGGAGCGAAGGCGCCAGUCAUGUCGUCACCGUCGUCGUCCCCGGCGCCAAGCUCACCGUUACCAACUCUGAUCCCGAUCCCUCAGAGGACCGCGAGCACCGCAUCCGCAUCGUCGACGAGUUCGUCCAACAGCUCGACGUCCACGUCGGCAGGAAGUCCAGUGGCGUUUGAGGCACCCCCGACGUCGUUCCGCGAGCAAUCCACCGCGUACAGCCCAGCCAACAGCCACAGAGACGUCGCCACGUCUCCGGCAAACGGCUACACCAGCGAGUCGGAGCUCGAUCCGCGUGUCUACACGAGCCCCCCUCUCCAGAAACCUCUCGCGCUGGUGAUGAGGAAGAGCGUGUUGCCGCCGAUCGAAGACAAGCCAUGGAGACCGUGGUAAAAAAAAAACAAUGAAAAAAAGUACGGACACGACAUGUGCGUGAUGAAGUGAUAUAAACUGAUACGUGUCGAUGGUAAUCCGCGGCCGAUCGACCGCGGCCGAAAAACGCGCCGAUUCGACGUGCCGAUUUACGCGCCGUGUAAAAAGAAUUCCGCGGAACGGAAACAUGUUCCUCAUUUACGUAGAUUGUUGUAGAGACGAGCGAUCCGGUCCGUAGCAGGACAUCGCCGUGAAAUUUAGAGGAUCGUUAAGAGACGCGAGUUUAUUCUUCCAAGUGCGCGUGCACAGUCGGCCAGUAGCCAAUGAGGCAGUGCCUUAUUAAAUAGUGCCUUGUAAAUAUAUUGUUAAAUCCCAGCUGAAAACGAGCGCAAAUUGAUUUUUCCCGAACAUCCCGAGAUAUCGCGUCAGUCCUUGUCCUAUUCCGCAUCGCCCUAUCCUUUUCCUUUUCCAUCGAUCCUGUCUGUACAUAAGUUCAUUAUGAAAAUGAAUACUACAUACGUGAAUACUACAUUAUAAAUACUAUAUAAAAUAUAGUAUUCAUUAUAUGAAUACUAUAUUUUAAGUGCCUUACGCAACAAGAAUCACUGAGGUCUUCCAUUCUGUUUCUUGUACGUAAAACUCUAUUGUACGCGACUUGUAGUAUAUCGUUGUAAGUACGAAGAAUGUUUUUAAUUGAUUAUGACUAUUUAGACUUAGGAUUAUGUUAAGGAUUCGAGCGUGUGAGGGUGUGAAUGAGAGAAUUGUACAUAUGAACGAUAAUCGCGAAAGAGAUUUACGACGUUAUUUAUAUUUAUACGAAUGCAAAAAAAGAGGUUACAUUUAUAAUUCCUCUCUAUUAUGAGAAUAGACAACCAACGCUUAUCACUGCAAGAGCAUCAAAUAAAUGUUGAUCUCUUUCUCAAUACAA